AUGGGUUAUGUUCAGGCUCCUUCCUUCGUCAUACUGGUGAAUAGCACGCUUAUACUAUUCUUCGAGUCUUCGAUCGGGCUUCGACAAGGUUAUCUACUUUCUCCAUUCCUCUUCAUCAUCUGUGCUGAUGCUUUGUCUAGAGCCCUCCGGACAACUUCAGUGUCUCAGGUCCUGGAGGCCUAUAGGUCUGUGCCGGAUUUCGUCAUAAUUUCGCACAUCCUACUUGUUGAUGAUUGUAUGCUUCUGGCCUGGGCUACGAGGCAAUCUACACUAGAGAUUUGGAGGAUCUUGGAGGAGUACUACAUAGCUUUUGGGCAGCAGAUCAAUCUAACUAAGUCAAUCAUCUACUUCAGUUCGAAGAUCAAGCCGCGGCUCAUGACCACCAUUUAG